AUGAAACACCAAAUGUAUGUUCCGAAAGAAGACGCGAAGAACCUGAUCAUAGCUUUGUUUGGGUUCCUUGGUGGUGAUACUACGGUUGAUGCUUUAUUCGUUGAUCUCGAGCCCACUGUUCUCAAUGAAGUCUGUGCAGGAACUUACCGUCAGCUUUUCCCUCCUGGGCAGCUUAUCUCUUGGAACAACUUUGUCGAAGGCUAUUAUACUGUUGGAAAGGGUAUUGUUGACCUUUGUCUUGAUGGUGUGAUAGAACUUGCAGGCAACGAUAGUCACUUGCAAGUGUUCUUUGGGUUCUGGUUUAGGAUCUCUGUGUUCGAACGUUUGUUUGUAGAUUAUGGACACAAGUCUAAACUUGGAACCACCUCUUAUCCUCUGGUUUCUACUGCUGCUAUAAAGCCUAACAACACAGUUCGCUUGCCGCAUUCUCUACUUGGAAAAUCCCUCCAUUUUACUAAAUUUUGCGAGCUCAAUCUUGCGGUUGUGGUGCGCUGA